AUGUUACGAUCUCAAAGUAUAUCAAAUAUAAAUGAAAAGAAGUCUACAAAAUUUUAUAAUCCCUUCAAAAAGACAUCAUUUAGUAAUUUAAAUAAUUCAUCAAAUUCAAAUAAUUCAUCAACUACAGAAAAAAGAAAAUCAAGACCUUUAAGUACAAGUAUAUCAGCUAUAAAUUUAAAAAUAUCAUCACCAAUUUUAAAUUCUUCUAAUAAUAAUGUUUCAUCACCCACAAUAGAAUUUGGAGAUGAAGAUAAAGAAAACAUAAGGUUGAAAACAAGAUCAAGUACUCCAAAUCUCAAAAAUAAUAGUAAUGACAGCAACAAUACCAAUAAUAUCCCAAGAACAUCAACUAAAAAUAUAUCAUCAACUACAAACCGAUUAAAAAGACUUUCUUAUCUAGGUUCACCAAUUAAAGAAGAUCGUGUAAGUCCAGUUACAAUUAAUUCUCAAAUUGAUUCAAUCUUUGAUCAAUCUUCAAUAACCUAUAUAGAUAGUGAUAUCGAAGAAGAUAUUUCUUCAACUAUUUCAUCAAUUGAAAAACCUGAUCCAAAUUAUACUUAUUCAAAACAACAACAACAACAACAACAACCACUAACAAAUUCACAAUCUUUACAAAAUAUUUCAAAUCAGACUAAAAAAUUACAUAGAACAACAAAUUUAUAUAAUUUAAAUGAAUUUGUUAAAAAGAUUCAAAUUGAAAAUAAUAAUAGAAAAUCCAUUGAAAUUGAAAAUAAUGAAAUUUUAAAAUUGAAUUCAAAUUUAAAUUUAAGAAAUGAUAAAUAUUUAUCUAAAAUUUCAAUACUUGAAAAUUUUAUAAUGUUAUCAACUAAAUUAAAUAAUUAUGAUCAUCAACUGCAAGAGAAUGAACAACUAGAUUUAAAUAAUGAUAUUGAUUGGAAUCAUGUUUUUAAAAUUGAAGAAUAUAAUAAUGAACUGGACUUUUUUGAAAUUGAUGGUGAUCAAUUGUAUUUAAUGUUUUAA